AGAAUGUAAUUUCUCUCUCUCUAACCUCCUCCGUACUUUCCUUGCUAUGCACAUCCUAGCCGCUGUUUAGUUAAAUGUCAACAUCUAAAAAGAGAGAGAGCUACAGACAGAAUUAUGUGAUUGGUCCAAGUUAUAUAAACAAGUGGGGGCUGAAACCUGUGCCUAGGAUUGUUGAAACCACCAGCCAUACGUCGUAUUGGGACCAUACCUAUUCACUUGAAAUUAAAUAACCCGUUAGUUCAAUACAAGUGAAUUUAUUAGACAGAAGUCCCGAUCCGUGAGUAAAAAUAUCUCUCAUCUCCUCGAAGAACAAUUACAAUCAGCUUCAUCCUUUUUUAAAUUUGGCACAAGAACCGACGGCUAUGCGCAGUCCAUACUAGAAGUCGAUGGUGGAGAAAUACCGCUUAACAGGCGGGUUGGGCUCGAACCCGCCCAAAAUGUAUUUUUGUUCGAAAUUCGUGCGGUUUUUACUGAUAUCCACAGUUUUCUGUGUUGGUCUAUGCUCCGAAGAUGAAGAGAGGUUGGUCCGCGACCUUUUUCGAGGAUACAACAAACUCAUCAGACCCGUCCAAAACAUGACACAGAAAGUCGACGUGAGAUUCGGUCUGGCCUUCGUACAACUCAUUAACGUCAAUGAAAAAAAUCAGAUCAUGAAAUCAAAUGUUUGGUUACGAUUCGUAUGGACCGACUAUCAAUUACAAUGGGACGAGGCCGAUUACGGUGGCAUUGGUGUUCUACGAUUGCCACCUGACAAAGUUUGGAAACCCGACAUUGUACUGUUUAACAAUGCCGAUGGCAAUUACGAAGUUCGGUACAAAAGUAACGUCCUCAUCUACCCGAAUGGCGAAGUACUCUGGGUACCUCCAGCUAUUUAUCAAAGUUCCUGCACCAUUGACGUGACGUACUUCCCGUUCGACCAGCAGACAUGCAUUAUGAAAUUUGGCUCAUGGACUUUCAAUGGCGACCAAGUAUCCCUGGCACUUUACAAUGACAAGAAUUUCGUUGAUCUCUCGGAUUACUGGAAAAGCGGCACCUGGGACAUCAUAAGUGUCCCGGCAUACCUAAACGUGUAUAAAGGCGACUUCCCAACAGAAACCGAUAUAACUUUCUACAUAAUAAUUCGCCGAAAGACACUUUUCUAUACCGUAAAUCUGAUUCUGCCGACUGUACUUAUCUCGUUCCUCUGUGUCUUGGUGUUCUACUUACCGGCUGAAGCUGGCGAGAAGGUUACACUGGGUAUCAGUAUUCUUCUGUCACUGGUCGUGUUCCUGUUGUUGGUCAGUAAAAUUCUACCGCCCACAUCCCUCGUGCUGCCAUUGAUAGCUAAAUAUCUACUGUUCACGUUCAUCAUGAACACUGUGAGCAUCCUCGUGACGGUGAUCAUCAUCAAUUGGAACUUUCGCGGACCCCGAACACACCGAAUGCCACAAUUGAUUCGCAAAAUCUUCUUGAAAUAUCUGCCGACUGUCCUGCUGAUGAGACGACCCAAAAAGACACGUCUCAGAUGGAUGAUGGAAAUACCAAACGUCACGUUACCAACCUCAACAUAUUCCGGAAGUCCUACAGAAUUACCAAAGCACCUGCCAUCCUCGUUAGGCAAACAGAAAAUGGAAGUCAUGGAACUUUCUGAUUUGCAUCACCCCAACUGCAAGAUCAAUCGGAAAGUUCAUCAUACGACAGGCGCAUCUAGCACUGCUGGCCCCGGAAGCGAACCACUCAGCGACCGCAGAGGAUCAGAAAGUUCCGAUUCAGUUUUGCUGAGUCCAGAAGCCAGUAAAGCUACCGAGGCUGUUGAAUUUAUUGCCGAACAUCUUAGAAACGAGGAUCUCUACAUACAAACACGCGAGGACUGGAAGUACGUGGCCAUGGUGAUUGAUCGCUUACAGCUCUACAUCUUCUUCAUAGUAACUACUGCUGGUACCAUUGGGAUUCUCAUGGACGCACCGCAUAUCUUCGAGUACGUCGAUCAAGAUCGAAUAAUCGAAAUAUAUCGUGGAAAAUAAGAUAGUUAACUUCUUAAGCCAUUCACGAAGGGAUGACUAUCUUGGAAUAACAGGUAAUCCAAAUGGAUAAAUACAGGAGCAAACAGGUUUGCCUUAAGGUAUCACUUCGUAAAGCAUUCGAUAACGACUUAUGUAUUCGCCGCCGCAAAAAGGAAUCAAUUCACUUAAAAAUCAUAUAUUUCUGGUGGAAAACUGAAUCUAUGAAAGCUGAAGCUCCAGAACAGCAAACCUUACAAUGUCAUUGAUAUCUAGAACUUAAUCUUUCUUACAAAUUAGAAUCCAAUCGAUUCAGUAAGUCCAUCUACUAAAUUUUGUAUAGAUUAAUAUGGAACACUGUUUCCGAUUUUAUGCAAGUCUCGUUUUAACACCGGAAGUACCUCUGGUCUUUCCUCUAAUUUGUAAUCUAACGAGUUUAUCAGUUUGACAAUUUUGUACAGACAUUUGCAUUUAUGUGAACUGGCCCAUGUGCAUGAUCUUUUUUUUUUGACGAUCGCCACCCUUUAAAAUACUCCCACCACGUGUUUUAUGCGGUCUUAUCUAAAGACAACCUGGCGAAGUAUAUGUUCAGAAAAGAACGUAUAGAGGAGAGAAAGUCACACAACGAUUUUAAGAUGAGUGUACCAACAAAAUUCUGAAAAAGACAUUUUGAUAAUUAACGCAAUUUUUAGUGAUAAAGUGUAAUGUUUCUAAAUAACAUCAUCUGUAGAGUGUCAGUACGAUAAUCAAUUUUUUAAUAUCCCGAAAUAUUUCGUCGAUAAUACAUUUCCAUCUUAUUUUAAUAUUUUUUUCAAUAUCUAGUAGUAUCCAAUUAACUACCGGAUACAGUCUUCCUCGAUUAAAACAAUAAUUAGAAUUUAUUAGUGAAAAUGUUCCAGUCUAUUCAUAAUUAAUCACUGAGACAAUUGAGGUAAUUGUACUUGUUAUUAAUUUCUUAAGAUUCUUUAAUUGCUUCAAAAUAAACAAAAAAUAAUAAUUGCAUGUCGCUACGAAUCAUUCCGAUCAUUAAAUACAGGCGAAAGACAAAAUUGUCAAAAAUCAUUGGAGCGCUUCCACCUUGUAAAUAUUAAUCGAUGUCAAAAAAAUUAAAAUCAGUCAAGCGCGUAUGAAUGAAGCGCCAGCUGAAGUAAAAAAAAAGUCAAAUCACUCUCCUAGUCCAAAAGUACUUUUAGAAAAAAAAAGAAGCAUUUGAUUAUUCCUCAUUAUAGAUAUCAUUAAUCCGAAUGACAAAUAUAUUCAUACCAAUUAAUAAUCAGUCGCAAAUCAUAAAUAUGAAUGAUUGCGCGCGUGGUCCAUCAGUGCGUAUGUGUGUGAUCUGUAAUAUGUUGGAUGAGAAAUGAUUGGGAAAAAAGUCGUGAAAAAAGGAUUCAUGAAUCAUAGGAGCUUCCGUUAUACGAAAGUUGUUAAUAUUAAUAAACAAUAUUAAUGUUACAUCGUUAUUUCUAGUUAGUCCGCAGCAAAUGUUAAUCGAUUUGUUAUCGCGUUAAAAUUAGUUAAUUAAAUGCCUACGAUAAUUAAUAAUUAAGAGAACACUCAUCGAUAUUGGAUGCUAUGUCAUAUAACGAUCCAAUUGCAAAUCAUUUAGUAAAAUAGGGUUUCUUAUAAUUUUCCUACGAUUUAGGUAAUCCAUAAAGUGAUAGAUAUUCGUGAUAGCAAACAAUAACGUGACAUAUUAGCGAUAAGUAAUUAACCUCGAUGAUUAAUCGUGUAACGCAACUAGGUCGAGUACAAUGUUAACGAUUAUCCAAUAAAAUUAAAUUAUACUGUAA